ACCCGCAAGAUCCAUUCGGAUAUCUCUCUAAUUGCAAAGAUUUUAUGUUCCACGACUUGUACUCUCAAGGAGAGGUCGUAGCUCAAGAUACGAAGAACAACAUUGAUAAGUUAGGGCAAGAACAGAGCUUUGUGGAACAAGGUAAAGAGGAAGAUCGUCAAUGGCGAGACUAUCAUCAAUACCCUUUAUUAAUCCCUUCGUUGGAAGAAGAGCUUGGUCUUCCCGCCGUUGAUGUGGAGAAUCAUCCUCCUCCACAGCAGCGGAGGAAGAGGAGGAGAACUAGAAACUGCAAGAACAAGGAAGAGAUCGAGAACCAGAGAAUGACUCAUAUCGCCGUCGAGAGAAAUCGCCGGAAACAGAUGAACGAGUACCUCGCUGUGCUCCGUUCUCUAAUGCCAUCGUCGUAUGCUCAAAGAGGAGAUCAAGCGUCGAUAGUAGGAGGAGCUAUUAACUUCGUGAAGGAGUUAGAGCAUAUCUUACAAUCUAUGGGGCCUAAGAGAACCAGGACCACGUCCACGACACAUGAUCCCGAAGGAGCCGAUACUAGCACUAGCUCGUUGGUGGGUCCCUUCUCAGAUUUUUUCAGCUUCCCUCAAUAUUCAACAAAGCCAUCAUCAGAAGUACCGGAAAGCUCAUCUUCACCGGCGGAGAUAGAGGUGACGGUGGCAGAAAGCCACGCGAACAUCAAGAUACUGGCGAAGAAGAAACCGAGGCAGCUUCUUAAACUCAUAGCUUCUUUACAAAGUCUAAGGCUCACUCUUCUUCAUCUCAAUGUCACCACUCUCCACAACUCCAUUCUCUACUCCAUCAGCGUCAAGGUGGAAGAAGGUAGCCAAUUGAAUACCGUGGACGACAUAGCAACAGCUUUGAAUCAAACCAUAAGGAGGAUUCAGGAAGAGUCCUAAUUCAGCAGAUAGAUUAAAUUAAUUAGUUUUUA